AUGUUCUACUCAACCUAUAAGAAUUUAGGGCUCUCACCAGAUCACCUUCAGACAGCAACCACUCCCCUCAUUAGUUUUACAGGUGCCCCAGUAUGGCCGCUCGACUUGAUUACCCAACCUGUGCGAGCCGGUUCCCGAGCGAUAGAUGUCAAAUUCGUGGAGGUUAAUUCUCCUAGGCCCUACAACAUCAUCCUUGGUCGAGCCUGGCUACACGGUAUGAAGGGUGUCGCCUCUACCCUCCACCAAGUCAUGAAGUUUGUCGGGUGGAACGCUGAUAUUCCAGUUCUUGAAAAUGUUGGGUUGCCCGCCGAGCAACGAUCAACUGAGGAGCUCAUAAGGAUGCCAAUAACCGAGGAUGAAGGACGGUACUUUCUCGUCGGUAGUUCUUUGGAUGAGACCGAGCGUAUGGAGAUGUUCAAUUUCCUCAAAGCGGACAUCAAAGUAUUUGCUUGGACUCUUGAGGAAAUGCCAGGAGUGGAUCCCUUAUUUGCCUCCCAUUCCCUUAACGUUGACCUGAGCAGACAACCUGUGGUGCAGAAAGUUCGUCAUUCGGCAGCUUUGCAUGUGGAGGUAGUGAUGUCCGAAGUUGAUUAG